AUGCCACCACGAGCAUCGACCAAGAAGGAGAACGGGCCUCUCUCGCAGACGCGUAAAAUGAAAGGAGACGUGGAUAUGGAACCAGCAGCGAAGAAGAGGAAGCUUGGUCCAGGUAAUGCAUACCAGAGUAGCCAGCCCAUUGCAUCGCAGCCCUCAUUCAGCGAUGUCUUGGAGAAGCUACACGCCGAAAGUGGCACCCUCAAUGCCGCUGUUGAAGGAGGUGCCGAUAGCUGGGCAAGGCCAACUCUACCACCUUUAGACCCAAAGAAGGACAGCAUUAUCUUUCAACAGAUUGAGAUUAUCAACUCGACGGAUUACUCGCAUGGGGGAACGACUCUACGAAUGUUCGGAGUUACUCAGGAGGGCCACAGCGUUCUCGCCAAUAUCACCACGUUUUUGCCCUACUUUUACAUCGUAUAUCCUCGGGGAUUCACAGAUGAGCAUAUCGAACCACUGAGGAACUAUCUCAAUAACCAAUUUGACAACGGCCCUCUCGUCAAGAAGAUUGAAAAGGUCAUGAAGAGGAGUAUUUGGGAGUACAAGGGAGACGAUGUCAGUCCGUUCCUGAAACUGACUAUUGUUGAACCGAAGGAUGUCCCCAAAGUUCGAGAUGAGUAUUCCUUGGGCCCUGUUCUAUGGCGGGAGGCUUACCUGUAUAUCCUUUACGCAUUUUUGAAGAUGGUCGAUGCAUGUACGAGGGUUGUUGGUAUGAACUGGAUUGAAGUACCGGCUGGUGCCUACACGAUGAUUCCACCUGAAAAGAAGAAAUCGACCUGUCAAAUCGAAAUCGAUGUUCCUUAUGACGCCUUUAUCUCACAUGCUCCUGAAGGCCAAUGGUCUACUCUUGCACCGCUCCGGAUUCUUAGUUUCGAUAUUGAGUGUGCCGGGAGGAAGGGCGUUUUCCCAGAAGCUUCGGUAGAUCCUGUAAUUCAGAUUGCCAACAUGGUGACUCGUCAAGGCGAAUCGCAGCCGUUCAUUCGCAACGUUUUCACCCUCAAUACCUGUUCGCACAUCGUCGGCUCCCAAGUUCUUUCUUUCGAGGAUGAAGGAAAGAUGCUCCAGGCAUGGAGGGACUUCGUCUCCGAAGUCGACCCUGACCUUGUUAUUGGAUACAACAUCUCCGGCUUCGACUUCCCUUAUCUCAUGGACAGAGCGCAAGCGCUGAAGUUGACCAAGUUCCCUUAUCUUGGCCGGUUCAAGAAUAUCAAGACGGAAGUCAAGAAUACCCACUUCUCGUCGCGAGCUUAUGGUCAACGUGACUCGAAAGAGACGACAUUGGAUGGUCGCCUACAACUGGAUAUCCUGCAGUUCAUGCAACGAGAGCACAAACUGCGGUCGUAUUCACUGAACUCCGUUUGUGCCCAGUUCCUCGGGGAGCAGAAGGAGGAUGUGCACCACUCAGUUAUCACAGAACUGCAAAAUGGUACCCCGGAAUCUCGACGCCGUUUGGCGAUCUACUGUUUGAAGGACGCUUACCUACCGCAACGACUCAUGGACAAACUCAUGUGUUUCGUGAAUUACGCGGAAAUGGCUCGUGUUACGGGAGUUCCAUUCAAUUUCCUACUUGCUCGUGGGCAAUCUAUCAAGGUGUUGUCGCAGCUUUACCGGAAAGCCAACUCGGAAGGAUAUCUCAUUCCCUCUAUGAAGGGAGGAGGGGAUGGCGAGGACCAAUAUGAAGGUGCCACUGUCAUUGAACCCAAGAAAGGCUAUUACGACGUGCCCAUCGCCACCCUUGAUUUCAGUUCACUGUAUCCCUCCAUCAUGAUGGCGCACAAUCUUUGCUACACGACCUUGCUCAACAAAGCCACAAUAGACCGGCUUUCAUUGGUCAAAGACGUUGAUUACGUUCAAACGCCCAACAAUGAUUAUUUUGCGACGCCUGUGAGGCGAAAGGGGCUCCUUCCUACGAUUCUCGAGGACCUGAUUUCAGCCCGUAAACGGGCCAAGGCAGACUUGAAGAAGGAAACCGAUCCAUUCAAGAAGGCUGUGUUGGACGGUCGUCAACUUGCUUUGAAGAUCAGUGCCAACUCCGUGUACGGUUUCACUGGAGCAACCAUUGGAAAGUUACCUUGCUUGGCUAUCUCGUCCAGUGUCACCGCAUAUGGGCGUCAGAUGAUUGAGCGAACAAAGCAGGAAGUCGAAGCGGAGUACACAAUCGCGAAUGGUCAUGAACAUGACGCUGAAGUUAUUUAUGGUGACACCGACUCUGUCAUGGUGCGGUUUGGCCCAACAGAUUUGGCGAAGGUGAUGGCGUUGGGUGCGGAGGCUGCGGAUUUGGUGACACAACACUUCGCCAGGCCAAUCAAGCUCGAGUUCGAAAAGGUGUAUUAUCCAUACUUGCUCAUCAGCAAGAAGCGUUAUGCAGGGCUGUAUUGGACGAGGGCGGACAAGUGGGAUAAGAUGGAUUCGAAAGGUAUUGAGACCGUUCGUCGAGACAAUUGUCGCUUGGUCUCUACGGUAAUUGAGACUUGCCUACACAAGAUGCUGAUCGACCGGGACGUCAAAGCAGCUGAAGAUUAUACCAAGCGUAUUAUUUCGGAUCUGCUUCAGAACAAGAUCGAUAUGUCGCAAUUGGUGAUUACCAAGGCCCUUUCGAAAGAGAAGUACGCCGGUAAACAAGCGCAUGUCGAACUGGCUGCUAAGAUGAAAGACCGGGAUGCUGGCUCUGCCCCUGCUGUUGGAGAUCGUGUCGCAUAUGUGAUUGUCAAGGGUGCGAGAAACGCCGCUGCCUACGAGAAAUCCGAAGAUCCGCUCUGGGUCCUUGAAAACAACCUCCCAAUCGACACUCGAUACUACCUCGACAACCAACUAUCGAAGCCACUGAUGCGUAUUUUCGAGCCCAUUUUGGGAGAAAAGGCGCAAUCACUACUCUCUGGAGAUCAUACGCGGUCGAUCCAGAUAGCCACCCCGACAGGUGGUGGCCUGAUGAAGUUUGCAGUCAAAACCGAAACCUGUCUCGGUUGCAAAACGCCAUUGCGGACUACCAACAGCCUGAAUGGCGCUGUUUGCAAGAACUGUCGGGCAAAGAUUCCUGGACUCUAUCAGAAGCAAGUCCUGACGUGCUCGGAACUGCAAACCCGUUUCGCUCGACUGUGGACACAGUGUCAGAGGUGCCAAGGAUCGCUUCAUCAGGACGUACUCUGUUCCAGCAAGGAUUGUCCCAUCUUCUACAUGAGGAAGAAGGCACAGAAGGACGUCGAGGAUGCCAACGCCAUCCUUGCCCGGUUCGAAGCGGACGAAUGGUGAUUCUAGACACGGUGAUGGACGGUUGCAUUCCCUCAGUUACGUUGCAUAUAUGAAUCUUGGUCUUGUUUUGCACAUGUUUUCAUCUCGCAAGCAUUUUGUUUACCCUAGUAGAUAAUCUCUAGUCUGCACCUUGUAAUAGAUAGCUGUUGAAAUUAGAUAAAUACUUGUA